UAAAUCAUGCUAUUUAGUUCGCUCGUAAUUGUCCGUACAUGUAUUGGCGAGGGCGAGACGCACGAUAAGUACCUAUACAUGUUUCAAAUAUCAUUCUUAAGUCAGUGUACGUUCUAAUUAGCCUGUCAUUAUUAAAGCCUACUCAAUAAAUGCCAAAUAGUAUUCGUACGGCGAAGAGAAACGGCCUAAUUUAUAGUGUAUUGAUAAAAACUGCGGGUUUUUUUACUUUUUAUCGCCAUUGUAAAGUAAUUGGGUUUAGCUUACCAGUUAAAUCGGUGGCUUUGUGGUCAGUGCACGUGAAGAACAUGUUUUUUAAAUGGUUUUUGUUGAUGACAAUUUUGACAAAAGUAUCUUCAACGGUUGUUGCAGAACAAGAUUACUACAAACAUGACGAAUACGAAGAUUACGAAUACGAUGAUCCAACAUUGGAUAAAGUAGAAAACGCCCCAACAGAUAAAACUCAAGCUACUUCAUACAAAUAUGCAAAAGACGAACCAGGUGAAAUUUCGACAAUUAAAUGGUUAAAACAACUUGUACAUGAGGAUCCUGAGAGUAAUAAAGCUCUAUCAAAUACCGAUGAAGCUACUGGUAAUGAAGAAGAAGUAACAUACAUACUUACAGACAAACCUAUAGAUGAUAAACCUGGUUAUGAAGUUACAGAAAUUGUUGAUGAUAUACCAAACAUUGUAACUUAUAAGCCCAUAGUAACUAAUUUCACUAUUAAAUUACCUUUGAAUAAUGCCACAAGUAUCAACGAAAAUAAGAAGAAUAAAGGUAAUGUCCCAAGAAAGAGUUCAAUAAAUAUAUUUCACGUGAAUGCUGAAUUUGAUGAUGAUAAAGAUAAGAAACCUGUAAUUCAAAACAUAAACAUUCAUAGAAUACCUUUUGGUAUUUUUAAAGUAAAAGAUAAUGUAGAUAAAAUCAAAGAUGAUGUUUUUAAUUAUGUGCAUAGUACCGAAUUUUAUAAUGAACCACACGAAGAACAUUAUUUUCCAAAUAUACUGGCGGCGCCUGGAAACAUUAUACGAAAAUUAAGAGAGAAAGGAUCUGCUUUAUACCAUAAGUUUUUUAGCUAA